UUGGCAGGGAAUAAUUAAUAAGCUGAAGCUUCUCCAUUCCAAAAUAAAAUUUUCAAACAAGCAAGAAAAGAAUUCACAGACUCCUCUUAGCCUCAUCUUCUCCUCUCUCUAUAUCUCUUCUGUUCCUCUCUCAGUUUGGAAUUCCUAGCACUCUCUUUCUCUGUUAGUCAUUUUAGCAAGAUGGCUAUGAUCCAUAUUUUUCUUACAUUUUCUCUAGCUUUCUCAGAUUAUGGUUUUCUACGGGGAGUUACAUCUCUUGGCAUCAACUACGGGCAGGUGGGCAACAAUUUGCCACCACCAGAGAACGUUCUUGAACUCUUAGCCUCCCUUAAGAUCACCAAAGCAAGAAUCUACGAUACCAAUCCUCAAGUUCUAACAGCAUUUGCCAACUCCAACGUUGAGCUGAUUGUCACUGUAGAAAACGAAAUGCUACCUGUUUUGGUGGACCCUGAACAAGCCCUUCAAUGGGUUAGUACCCAAAUCAAGCCAUACUUUCCGGGCACAAGAAUCACCGGAAUCGCGGUUGGAAAUGAGGUCUUCACCGACGAUGACACAACAUUAUUAUCAUAUCUAGUUCAAGCCAUUGUCAGCAUUCAUGAGGCACUAGUUCAAUUAGGCCUAGAUAAUAUUCAAGUCUCAACACCUAAUUCUUUAGCUGUUCUUGACCAAUCUUUCCCUCCUUCAGCAGGUAGUUUCAAAAGUGAGGUCUCAGGAGUAAUGUCACAAUUUUUGCAAUUUUUGUCAAGCACUAAGGCUCCAUUUUGGAUCAAUGCAUACCCAUAUUAUGCUUAUAAGGAUGACCCUAACAGGGUUCCCUUGGACUAUGUUCUUUUUAACCCUAAUUCAGGCAUGGUUGACCCCUACACCAAGCUACACUAUGACAAUAUGCUUUAUGCUCAAGUAGAUGCUGUUAUUUUUGCUAUGGCUAGAUUGGGUUAUAAUGGAAUUGAGGUUAGAGUUUCUGAGACUGGGUGGCCAUCUAAAGGUGAUCCAAAUGAAGUUGGUGCAGCCAUUGAAAAUGCAGCACUUUACAACAGAAAUUUGCUGAGAAGGCAAUUGGAGAAUGAAGGGACACCUUUGAGGCCUAAUAUGAGACUAGAAGUUUAUUUAUUUGCUUUAUUCAAUGAAGAUAUGAAGCCUGGACCAACAUCAGAAAGAAACUAUGGUCUCUAUCAACCUAAUUGUACAAUGGCUUACAAUGUGGGACUCUCUGCCCCUUCAAGUUCAUCAUCAACAUCAUCAGCUUCCAUUUCUCUCACUUCCUCUGCCACUAAGGCUUCAAACAAGGAAUAUGAUCAAAGCUUGGUGUACUGGAUGUUUGUACAUUUGCUGACCUUCCAAGUUUUUAUGAGAAGACCAUUUUAAGCAUUCGGAGUCCAAAUGCUUAUAUUCAUAUUUACAUAUAUUGCGUUUUGGUAAGAAACUUAGGGGUCAAUCUUUAAUUUCCCAUUUUGUACUUUCCCAUCAUAAAAAAUUACAAUAGAGAGACACCCCGCAACCAUACCAAAGGAAUUUGCACCAAGCCAGUUAACCAUAUAUAUGUGUAUAUAUAGUUCUAUAUAUCUAUGAUUAGCCUGCAGGCCAUAUCUUCAUCAUCAACAUCCUUCAGAAAUGAAUCUCAAUUCCGCAGUCUCUCGAUCAAGAACUGAAUUAUCUCAAUAUCUUUUUUAAUUAUUCUGUAAUUUGUAAGAAGUUGUAGAAAAUUUAUUUCUGUUUUCUGAUCAUCAAUUUAAUUACUUGUCAUUAAUUGUAGGA